GAUAUAUUUUUUCUUCUACGUUAAGUUAAUCAAUCUUCCAUUCCCUUUUCUGUGCCUUUCACGCUUCAUCAUAAUCACGAAUUCUGUCACUCAUCAGGCAAACAUGAAUUUGUCUGUAUAAGGAAUAGUUGCCGAUUCUCUGCCACCUGACAUGAAUUUCAAUUUUCUUUGUAUAAGAAAUUGGUGAAACUAAAUAUUUGCGUGGAGUGUUGGCGUCCACUCAAGAACAGGGCAGGUGCAGGGUAAAUUCUGGACUUGCACGGAAAGAAUUUGCCGUUAAAAAGAGGGAUUCGCAAUGAAAUCUGAUUCAGAGAUUGCCGCCAUGGCAGCAGGAAUAGCAGGAAGAACGGUCCCUUGCCUGCAGCUUAAGAAUGCCCCUGCUCCUUUACCCCAUUUUGGCAGGGGAACAUUGUUUCAAUCUCAAUUAGGGUUUAAGAAGAACAGAUACCAGAUAAAGAGAUCAUCCUCUGGUCAAGUGGUGGCCAGAUUAUUUGGGCCUGCAAUUUUCGAAGCUUCCAAGCUCAAAGUUUUAUUCCUGGGAACUCAUGAGGAGAAUCAUCCUGCACAGCUCCCCAGGACAUAUACGCUAACGCACAGUGAUAUCACAUCCAAGAUUACGGUUGCCAUUUCCCAAACUAUCAAUAAGGAUCAGUUACAGGGGUGGUACAACAGGUUACAGAGGGAUGAAGUGCUUGCACAGUGGAAAAUGUCUCAGGGCAAAAUGUCACUGCACGUCCACUGUCAUAUCAGUGGAGGGCAUUGGCUUCUCGACGCCAUAGCUAAGCUCAGAUUUUACAUAUUUCGAAAGGAGUUACCAGUGGUGCUGGAGGCAUUCAGGCAUGGGGAUAGAGCUCUUUUUGAGAAGCACCCAGCGUUGGAAGAUGCGCUGGUUUGGGUGUAUUUCCAUUCCAACGUCAGACAAUUCAAACGCCUCGAGUGUUGGGGAUCUCUCGCUCAAGCUUCGAAGGGAGCACCUCAUGUUGUGAAGACAUUAGAAGAGGAGAAAAUAGAGGAAUGGGAGAUGCCGAGACAUUGUCCACAUCCAUGUGAUUGUUGUUUUCCUCCACUUAGUCUUCUCCUUCGGCCACAAGAUCCAAAACAAUUUAUGGAGGAGAGCUGACUUCAUCAUGUAAAGAGAUUCUAAUGUAAUCAAUCUUCCACCAUUAAAAGAGAGAUACAUCAUAUUCAUGAAAGGUAGUCUUGGGAGCUACACCAUGUGAUUGUUGUUUUCCUCCAUUUAGUCUUCUCCUUUGGCCACAAGAUCCAAAACAAUUUAUGGAGGAGAGCUGACUUCAUCAUGUAAAGAGACUCUAAUGUAAUCAAAGUCAUCUUUGUAUAUAUGGAAUUUAUUGUAACAUAAUUUUAUUUCAUUUGAUUUUAUAAGUAAAUAUUCAUUUUUAUUU